UUAUAUUCGAAUUCUAUAAUUAGUGUUACAUUAUUUCACAUAUAAAUUUAUUUUUGAAACAUAAUGGGUGAUAUAUUUAAGGUAAUUUUACCGAAACCAAUUGAGGCAGGUGAUAAGAUAAGAAUCUGUGGACAAAUUGCAAACGAUGCAACAGAAUUUUCUAUCAAUUUCGCUAAUGAAACGGAUGCCUGUCCAGAUAAUAUAACAUACCACUUUAAAUGGAAUCUACUUAAUCACCAAAUUACUGAGAACUACAAAUACAAUGGGGAGUGGAUGGAGGAGAAUAAUAUUGAUUAUAACUCGCUUGAUGGUCGGUUAACAAAACAUUUAACAUUUAAUGAUAGCUUAAGCAAUGGCUUUAAUGUAAAUACUAAUACAAGUACUGACGCAUUUAUAAAUUCCAUUUUAGGGACAAUCUUUGCCCUAGAGUUUGCAUUCCAAGACAAUACGAUCUAUGUAUACUUAGUCGAUGGAGAAGGUCGCAAUUUCAUCACACAAUAUAAUACCGAUUAUGAGUUUGGACUGUGCGAUAUACAAUCAUUGCAAGUGUGGGGCGAUGUUGAAAAAGUCAGAGAACUGACAUUCACCUAUGACUAGAGCUAUAUAAAAAUAUUAUAGUUUGCAUUUGGGACACUGAAAAAAAUUUCCAAAAAAUCCACAGCUCUUGCAUAUGAAGCUGCCGCCCACCACACGCACGCACCACUCCCCCAAAACGUUUACGCUCAAAUCAAAAUAUUACCAUUCUCAGUAACAGAUUCAGAGUAUUAGAUCAGAUAAUUACAGCUGAAACCUAUGCCAUAUAAGACGCAAGUUUUAAUUGAAUGCGUAGAAUAGUUGAACGUAGAACGCUUGACGCCGAUAUCAAAAUCGAUAUCGAACCAACUUCGAUAGCUUACAAUGCAUGUUUUGUUGUGUACAACUAAAUCUGCAGAGACGCCAUUUUUAAUUAAUAUAAUUUAUAUUUACUAAUAAUCAAUAU